GACCGUAUGCUUGCGUGCGUGCGUGCGCGUGCUGGCUGCGUGUGUCCGUGUGUUGUCCCGCAGCAGUGGUACAGCCCACGCGGGUCCGUCGCUAUGGAGAGCAGCUCCCCAGGAGCGCGAGCCAACAGCAGCAGCAGCAGCAGUUAGAGAGCAGCGACGAGCAGCGAGCAGAGACAGAGAGGAGGACGAUCCACCGAGAGAGUGCGAAGGCGCACAGACACACGGGAAUCAUGGAGAAGAGAGCCGCUCUCAGGAGGACUUUGCCAUCUAACGGACUGCGACUUUUAACAUCACUCCUCACCUUAUACGGACUUACCUCAGGUGUGAGCAGUAACCAGGUGGUUGUUCCCGAGAAAGUGAAUGCGGUGCUGGGAAAGAACAUCACACUGAGCUGCAGAAUAGAAGUGGGCUCCAACCUCAGUCUCACACAGAGCUCCUGGGAGCGUCGCCUUCCUUCAGGCACCAUUACCUUGGCAGUGUUCAAUCCUGAAUUUGGGAUCUCCAUCGCUCCAGAGUAUAUCAAACGGGUCUCGUUUGUUUCCCCUUCUGUUCGUGAUGCUACCAUUAACAUCGGAGGAGCAAGCUUUGAAGAUAUUGGGUCCUAUAUCUGCAAAGUGGCAACAUUUCCCCUGGGCAAUACGCAAGCAUCAACCUACGUCAAUGUAUUAGUGGAGCCAAAGGUCUACGUGUCUGCCGGCCCCACAGCUCUGCUGGAUGGCGGCAUUGAGUCACUGGUGGCCACCUGCAUAGCCGAGCGAGGUCGUCCCGCCGCGGAGGUCUUUUGGGAGACAGAGCUCUAUGGAAGAAGUGAGAAACAAAGUCAGGAUGAGCCCAACGGCACCAGCACCACACAUGUGCGCUACAUGUGGUCACCAAUGAGCUACGCCCAGGGGAAGACGCUCACCUGUGUGGUGCGCCAUCCAGCCCUGCAAACAGAGUUUCGCAUACCCUACGUACUUAAUGUUCAGUUUGCACCAGUGGUAUCAAUAACAGGGAAUGACAAAAACUGGCAUGUGGGUCAAGAGAAUGUGAAGUUCAUCUGUGGUGCCAAAGCAAACCCAGCUGCCCAUCGCUUCACAUGGAUCAGGUUGGAUGGAGUGAUGCCUGAGGGUGUUGAGAUCUCAAACAAUAGCUUUGCUUUUACUCGCCCGUUGGAGCGCAAUGACUCUGGAGUAUACCGCUGUGAAGUGAUAAAUGACGUCGGUCUCCGCAGUCAAGAUGUGAACCUCUGGGUACAAGAUCCUCCUCCCACCACGGCCGCCCCCAGCACCACUGCAUCCCUCCUGCACGACACCGCCGGAACCGGUACUGCAGUGGACCAGCAUAAAUCCCCAUUCAGCUCACCAACCCUGGCCUCCUUACCUGACAGCAGCCUGGGUACUAUAGUCGGUGGGGCUGUAGGCGGAGUCUUAUUCCUGAUUCUCCUGCUUAUCCUCGGUGGGGCCUGCUUUAUGCGACAGCGCCGCACCUUCAGAGGAGACUACUACACCAAACAGUACCUGGGACCCUCCGACAUGCAGAAGGAGUCUCAGCUGGACGUGCUGCAGCCGCAUGAGCUGCAAGAGGUCUACGGGGACAAGACGAGCAAAGGCAGCCAGGAUCUGAAACCCAAACUGGGGGGAGACAUCAUUUACCCCGACUACACCCCUGAACGAAAGGAUAGGGAUGACUGGGCUGACAGGGGGGAUGGCCACAGGGUUCUCAAGGAUGGAAACUACUACCCAGAUCACUACAACACCCAAAACAUGCACCCCUGUGGGCCUCCUGUGCACAGCCCCGUGGUGAACAACGGCUCCCCCUAUAUCCCGGAGGACUGUUAUGACAAUGGUACAGACAGCGACUAUGUGUCCCACAUGGAUGGAUCUGUGAUCUCACGCAGGGAGUGGUAUGUUUGAGGAAUGGAGCGAAGAAAAUAACAGACAAACGACUGGCUGAGAAAAAUUAAACAAGUGACAGAUAUAAAUAUCAUUAAAGGUCGUGUCAUGUUAGUUGCUCAGCUCAGUCUCAAAGUGAGCUCUUUGAACAAUACUGCUCUGCCUUGAUUGUAACCACUUAACCUUAAGGACGUGGAUAUGGAUUGUAUUACGGUUGUUGUAGCAUUUCAAGGAGCUACAACUAAGCUGGAACACCUUGAUGAUAUUAUCUUUGUAGGCUUAAGAGGCACACAAUGGAGUUUCAGCUGAUGUGAAUGAGGUUUUGUAUUGUGCUUGUUUGUGUUUGCACCUGUCUUUAACGCAGGUCACAGGUCAGGUGUUCGGACCCUUGUUAGUGAAGUAUUUAUAACCCUGACUGACUGAGCUCUGCUCCCAUAAAACCUCACAGCUUCUGUGGCAUUUUGAAACUGAUCUCUCAAUUGCAUACAGCAUUUUCAUACACAAGAAAUGUUUAUCAUGGCUGCAAUCAGUAUUUACAGCUAAUUGUAUUGCAUGAUUUUUUUUUUUUUUUUUUUAAAGGCAAAAAUGUAUGAUUACGUUAAAGGGAACGUUUGUCAGACACAUGGUUAAAAGGGAGAUUACACAGGCAUUAUACCGAGGGAAAAGCAAAUUGACGCUCUUACAAAAAAAACUGCCCUUCGUUAAACUUCUGAUUAAGUUCUUCAGUGGCUUCUGCAAACUUUCAGUAUCUUCUGUAAAUUAUUCAUGAAAUAGAAAGCCUGUUACCUGACAGUGAAGAUGACAACAGAGCAGAAGAGGUUACUCCCUGUGGAAGUGCUCUUACUUUCAGUUUCAGUUUAGCUUAUUUAUUCCACAGACAUCUCUGAUCCUACCAUUGUUAUCCUUCAGUUAAAGUCCUGACUGAUUUGGCGACACCCGUGAUUAUUCUAGUAACCACCAGUUUGGUUUUAAAACUGCAAACUUGAGUCGCUUUGUCAGAAAUAUAAGAGGAGCAUGAGGUGCAUUUGUUUUCAUUGCAGCCAAACAUAGUGACUAAUGAAGUUGUCAGUCAAUAAUAAAUUGUGUCUGAAUGGCGUGAGAAUUUUUUUAAACAGCAGCAGGUUAAACUGAAAUUACCUUUCUGAGGAGUUGUCACCUGCAGCUCCGUCUUGUUUGAGGACUUGCUUUUGAAAUUGAAAAAUUAUCCAGUGGCAUUUAGAGCAACAGCAAUUAAUGAAUCAGCUGAUAAACAAUUAGAGAUUUGAUGAUGCUUUUCUUUGUCCUUUAUGAUAUCAAUUGAAGACUCUUUGAGCAAGGUGUUGCUAUAUACCAGUAUUGAUGAUAGCCAUUAUAUUGAAAAAUGAAAUACUGAUACUUUGUUUAUAAUGCACCUAUGAUAAUAUCCUGCUAGUAUUCCAGAGAUCUUAGACCAAGUGGAUCUUUUGAUCAUGAAUUGGUUGCCUCUUCACUCAAUUUAUAUGCCAAAAAGAGACAAAAAUACAGAAAAUAAUCAGCAGAUUAAUUGAUAAUGAAAUUAGUCAUUACUUGCAGCCUUGCAGACAAAAGAAAGUGCCAAAAAAUGUCUUGUUUUGUGGACGCAUUUUUAACGAACAAUCUUGUUCUGCGCUCAACUCAGUGACAACUACUCUCCUGUGGGGCUUCACAGUAAAAGCCACCCAGCAACAGAGGGAAACGUUCGGUUAGCAGAUGCAGCUCUGACACAGUGUCAAAGAAUGUAAAUGGUAAACAGUGAAGCUGAUAUCGAGAUCAAAUCGUGCUGGACUGAAGUCACGCAUCAUUUCCACUGAAUCGCUUGUGUUGAGGAGGGCAGUCUGAUUCUUGUGUGGGAAUGGUGGACUCCGCCACUUACAGUGAAGAAGUUACAGGGCUAUGACAGAAGAAAUGUUGACCAUAAAUAGUAUCAGAGUUGGGCUUCAAGAUUAUAACUGUUACCAAACACACUAUCAUCAUUAUUGAGUUGUGUUAAUACGCUCACUCCUUGCAGUGAAAGGCACAGCUCUGUUAUUACAGUUGUCAGUACACAUCAAAGGAAGCCAACGAGGCCUCGGCCCUCUGCACUUAUCCAUGAUAACAGACUGCAUUGCUGUCUUUUCCAUUUACCCUCCUCUGUAUCCAAUGAUUUCUGUCUGCGCGACUAACACCAAUUGGUCGUUAUAGUUUUUAUUUUAAACACCGAAUCAAAGCAACGUGUUAUAAAUGCCAGAUGUGACUAUCACAGCUGUCAUCGUCUGAUGUUAUGUGGCUCCAUUAACCACCAACAGUUUCGCUGCUCCCGCUCGAGACUCCUCAGCUGUGAUUCAUGACGGUAAAUAAGCAAAAUGGUUGUUGAAAACGAGGUUGGGGAGCUCAGAAAUAAGGGGCAGUAAUAAAGCGAUCGCUCAGCUUCAGUUUGUUUGAAGUACGAUUGGGCGACUACCUCACAGAAGAGUUGGAAACACUGUGAGCGGCUGACAUCACUACUGAUCACAGAACAGGCUAUAAUGUUGGGGUUUGGCUCCUCGGCAGCUCCUCUGAGGAUACACAGCGAUUAUGGAAAACUAGAAAUUUAAUCCGUGAGUGAAAAAAAAAAAAAACCCAUCUAGGUCUGAGCUGUCUGUGUAACGGCUCCCCAAGGGACAUAUAUUUUUCCUACAAACAACAAACCCAGCGACUUAAAGGAGAAACAAAGAGUUGACAUCAUCAGUGAUCUCAUCUCUCGCUGCUUGAUUUGACCUUACGCUUUUCCACUUAGUGUUCCCCCCCCCUUUUUUUUAUUUCCUCAGGAAUGAUACAUGGAUCAAAGUGGCCUCGCAUGAAAGGGAAAACAAACCCUUUUCUGGAAAGAUCCCCAUUUAGUCAAUCAGGGUAUUUGUUGCUCGAAGACGGAACCAUAUAUGUGUGUUACAGUUGGAUCAAAAUGGGGGGGUUGGCUAAAGUUUGCGGUCUGCGCUUUCUUAUUGGGGUUUUAUAGAUUGUGGUUGCAGUUUCUCCCUUUUUUUUAUUUUUGUUAACCCUUCUCCACCCUCACUUUCCCAUGCCAGGGCUUUGGUCGAAGGUUUAGAUGUCUGAGAAUAAACUACUUUAAUCUCGCUCUCACUCUCAUCGUCGCACGCACGCACCCAGCCGCCACACAUCUGCCACUGCAGCCCACAUCCAAAGAGCAGUCCUCACCUCAAACCGUGAGCUUUUCAAUUAACUUGUCUUUUUUUUUUUUUUCUCGUCGCCCAUGGCAACCAAAGUGCUCUGACUCCAUGAUUUAUUGCGCAUCCGUGUCUGCAUGCACACAUCUGAUUCAUCGACGUCGACUUGUUUCUUACUUGGUAAAACUGCUGUCUCUGUCGUUUUCUGUUGGGUUUUUUUUGUUUUUUUAUCCUGCUUCAUCUCUAAAGCGAAAUGGACUGAAGUGAUGAUGAAAUGGUCGCCCAUUUAACCGGUUGCAUGUAAAUUAAGUUAUUGGCUACACUACUACGCUCAUUAUUUCUCAUCACUAAUGUUUAUACACAUGUACAUAAUGCUAAUAGGUUAGCAUAGGAUUAGCUGUUUGAUUUCUAUGUUCGUGUACAGUUUGUUCUGGACCCCCCUCCCCCUCCACUGAACAGUCGGUGCCUUAGAUGGGCUGAGCAAUGCACAGAAAACUUCGACAAUUACUGAAAGCGUUAAUAUAAAGGAUACUCGAGAGGAGGACUGACUGGUCCAUUAACACGUCUUCCAUCCUGAUAUUUAAGAUUCUGCUGUUAUCAAAAAUGUCAGAAUAGACAAAAGGUUGAUUGUCAUGCCUUAUACUCUUUGAGCGGACACAUGUAACAAGUCGGUUACUGAGAAAAUUAAUAAGUAAAGUUUCACUGGGAAUUUAGGCAAGCCAGAAUCAUAGAAAAUAUUAUUGUCCUGUAAAUAUGCUGGCUGUUUUUGUUUUUUUAUUAUUAUUAUUAUUAUU